GCAGGAGCGCAACAGAGCGGAGCAGCCAGCCGGUAAUCCGUGCGCCUUUUUGCCGUGGACAUAAUUAGAUUACGGGGCACCGACAUAGUGCUCGCUCCUCCUGCAGUAAAUGUGUGGCUACCUUAAGACAAAACCUCGCUUUUUCUGACUCUGCGUCGCCUCUUUCUCUCUCUCUGUCUCCCUGUCUCCCCCUCCCUCCCUCUCCGUCUCUCUCUCUCUCUGGCUGAGAAAGCAAAGAGGGGGGAACACUAGAGCACAUAUACUGUUACUCUCCUACAGAGCUCGUAGUUCCUCUUUGCAAGUCCCACACUGGAGACUCCAACUAAACAAGACAAGGGGAGAUAUAUCGUUUUUUUCUGCCUCUUUUGGUGACUUCCUCGUCUUGAAGGCAGCGGAAUUUCCUGCAUCCCCUCUUCCUUUCUCCCCUAAAAGAACCCCCCCAAAAAGUGGGGUCGGCCCUUUUUUGUUGUUUUUUAAGCGGUUGGAUGAGUUGUGUGGAUGCUAUUUCGUGGAUUUCCACCCCGGGCUGUGUCGUUCAUCGGCCCCGGAGACAGCAACAGUGUGUGGAAAAGUAGAUUUGUGCGUUAAAACAUAUGGCUUCAACGAGGAUAACGCGCUGGAUGCUUGGUGAAGCAUGGUGGUGAAGAUGGCUAGAAUGCGCUUCAUGGGGCCGUUGUCAUGGGACCGGGUCAAAUGGCCAAAUGUAAUGGGAGCAGGAGUCCUUUGUCUGCUGCUGCUGUCAACCUGUCUCGGCCAAGACACAGAAGAUUGGCAAUACGAGGAAUGUAAACUCUCACGGUCGGGUCCUCCUGCUACCAUCGUUGCCAUAGAUGAAGAAAGCCCCAAUGGAACAUUGUUGGUAGAGAACAUGCAGAUAAAUGGAGUGGCCGAGGGCCCGAACCGUACCAUCUCUCUCUCUCUAAGGGACAACCACGACUACUGGGUGAUCCUUGACUCUUCCAAACAAGCCCUUUACCUAAACAGCACUGGACGGGUUCUGGAUAGAGAUCCUCCAUCGUAUAUUCAGUCCAUUGUGGUCCAGGUUCAGUGCACCAACGAGCUGAUAGGCCAUGUGAUUUUGCACGAGGUGCGCAUUGUUGUUCGAGAUCGCAAUGACAAUGCGCCGCGUUUCCAGCAGCCGAGAUACUAUGUCUCCAUCAGUGAGCUGACACCGGUCGGAACUACCAUCUUCUCUGGCUUCUCCGGGAACAAUGGGGCAGCAGACAUUGAUGACGGACCCAACGGACAGAUAGAGUACACCAUCCAGUACAACCCUAAAGACCCGACAGCCAACAGAACCUUUGACAUCCCGCUGACAUUAUUUGGCUCCGUGGUUCUCAGAGAGAGACUCAACUACGAGGACAUAACACGAUAUCUGGUCAUCAUACAAGCAAAUGAUCGAGCGCCGUAUCCAAGCAAGCGCCGCACAGCCACCACCACCCUCACUGUGGAUGUUACGGAUGGGGAUGACCUGGGUCCCAUGUUUCUACCGUGUACGCUUGUGGGAAACACCCGUGACUGUAGUCCUAUCACGUACAGAGCUAAUGUGCUCGAGCUGACAGACCCGAUUAAGGUGAAUCCCCUCAAUGUGACUCCAACCAUACAAGCUGUGGACCAAGACCGAAACAUACAACCUCCCUCUGACAGACCAGGGAUCUUAUACUCCAUCCUCAUUGGCAAACCAGACUCCUAUGCAGAAUAUUUCAGCUUGAACAGAACCACAGCGGAGCUCCUGCUACUAAAGCCCAUCGACAGAGAACUCUACCGCCGAUUUGAUCUGGUUAUCAAGGCAGAACAGGACAACGGCCACCCCCUGCCGACUUUUGCCGACCUCCAAAUCGAAGUUCUGGAUGAAAACAACCAGGCACCCUACUUCCUGGAGACCAGUUACCAUGGCUACAUCAGCGAGGCAUCACCAGUCGGCACCACCAUAGCGACCAGCACCAGCCUGUCUGCACCACUGGCCAUCGUAGCUCUGGAUAACGAUGUGGAGGAGACCCGGGAUCCUCAGCUCCUCUUCUCACUGGACAGUUACUCUCAUGUUUUCUCUGUAUCUGCCACCGGAAUCAGAAGAUAUCUCACCCUGGUGCAGCCACUGGACAGAGAGACGCAAGACUCCUACACAUUCACGCUUUUAGCAUCAGACGGCGUCCAGCAGAGCCUCCCCGUCACCGUGACGAUAACAGUGUUGGAUGCUAAUGACAACACUCCAACUUUUCCCAAUGUCUCUUAUAAUGUCAAUCUGUUCACUGAUAUGAUGCCUGGAGAAACUGUGUUACAGUUGUCAGCGGUUGAUUCUGAUGCCGGUCCAAAUGGUCAGGUCUCCUAUCGGAUCUUGGCUGGUGACCAGGCACAAUUUCUUAUAAACAACAGCACUGGGGUCAUUACUGUGGCGCCGGGUGUCGAGCUCGCGGUUGGACGCAGCUACGCUUUGACCAUAGAAGCCAUGGACAAUGGGCCUGUACUUCACAGAAGGUCAUCCAUUACCACGGUCUAUAUUGAAGUUUUGCCCCCAAACAACCAGAGCCCUCCCCGUUUCCAGCGGCAACAAUACAACCUGGAGAUCAGUGAAGCUGUGAGGACUGGAGCUACUCUGCUUAAUCUGCAGGCAGUGGAUCGUGAGAGAGACCCAAUAACCUACAAAAUCUACAGCGGAGACGUCCAGGGACAUUUUGCGCUCCAGCAGAAUUCAGGGUAUUUGGUUCUGGACAAUCCUCUGGACAGGGAGUCUUUGGAUUACUAUACCCUGCUGGUCACAGCCUCAGACGGACACCCAGAUGGAACCUCCACUGCGACGGUGAACAUUGUGGUGACAGAUGUUAAUGACAAUGACCCGUUGUUCAAUUCUUCACUGCCUGUGAACCUCACUGUCACCGAGGAGCAGGAUCACGCCUACGUUGGACAGGUCAAGGCUACAGAUCCAGAUCUUGGGGCGAGCGGCCAGGUCCAUUAUCGGCUCAUCAACCACCAGAAGCUGUUUUCCAUCAAUGCCACCGGAGCUAUCAGAACUGCUGUGCCGUUGGACAGAGAGGUGAAAGGUCACUAUUUUCUCAUCGUUGAAGCCUGGGACGGCGCAGUGGACCCACGACGGUCCAGAUUAACGCUCUCUGUCACCGUUUUGGAUGUUGACGACAACAGCCCAGUAUUCACCCAACAAACUUACAAUGUCAAUCUUCCGGAGAACAGCCCAAAGGAUACGGUCAUAUUAAAGUUAACGGCAAUAGACACUGACCAGAGCUCCAACAUCACGUAUCGAAUCAGAACUGAAGGCUUGGACCAGGAGAUCACUCGGCUUUUCCACAUCAACCCCAUAACGGGGGAGCUGUCAGUUCUCAAGGUUCUGGACUUUGAGGCUCUGACUGACUCAGAACCUACGUACACGUUCACCGUAGAGGCCUUCGACACCGAGGGAAUCAUGCCUCCUGGACUCGCCUCUGUUACUGUCAGAAUAAUGGACAUGAAUGACUUUUCUCCGGUAUUCAGCCAGUCAAUGUACCGAGGCAUGGUCGCCCCUAAUGCUGUCAAGGGAACCAUCGUAACCACAGUGAUGGCCAAUGACUCUGACCCUGUGGGCACUCCAGCGGGUCUGUUGCGCUACAGGGUGGACCAGGAGGCAUUUCCGUACUCCGCCAGCAUUUUUGACGUAGAAGAACAGACGGGGCACGUGGUUACCAGAGUAAACCUCAAUGAGGAGCCCAACUUGAAGUUCAGUCUGGUGGUGGUGGCCUACGAUCACGGCGAGCCUGUAAAGGAGAAUACAACUCUAGUGGAGAUCACAGUGCUUCAGCCAUCUGUUAUUCCAGUGUUCACUCAGGAGGAAUACAGGUUUCUGCCAGUGAGCGAGGAGGCCGCCGUCGGAACCCCGGUGGGAGUCAUCAUGGCAGCUGCUGUCAAUCAAACCAUCGUGUACUCCAUCAUCGAAGGCAACCAGGGAGGUGUGUUUGCAUUAAACGAAACGACAGGGGUGAUCUCCACAGCUAAGCCCCUGGACUAUGAGGCCAAUUCCAGCUACAUUCUGAAGGUAGAGGCGGACUCUAUGAGAGUGGUGUCCUCAAAUCUCCGAGCUCCCUCAAAGACUAACACAGCUAAGGUGGUGAUUGAUGUUCAGGAUGAGAACGACCACCCACCAGUGUUCACCAGAUCCCUUUACAUUGGAGGAGUCGCUGAGGAUGCCAAAACCUUCACCUCCGUCUUGCAAGUGCAGGCUCUGGACAAAGACACUGGUAACUACAGCUCUAUGAUAUACCGGCUCAUCAUCCCACCUCCUGCUGGUAAAGACACUAAAGACAGCAAAGACGGCUUUGUCAUCGAGCCGUACAGCGGCGUGGUGAAGACGGCGAUCAUGUACCGCAACAUGAGGAGGUCGUAUUUUAAAUUCGAGGUGGUUGCUACCGACAACUAUGGUCAAGGACACAGCAGCAAGGCAGAGAUAGUGGUGUCAGUCGUGAACCAGCUGGACAUGCAGGUGGUCGUAUCGAACGUUCCUCCAACUUUCGUGGAGAAAAACAAAAACAAGCUGCUCAGCAUUUUGGAACGCUACGUCCAGGAGCAGAUACCUGGAGCAAAGGUUGUCGUGGAAACCAUUGGGCCCCAUCGCCAUGGUGAUGGGAUGGAGCAAGAGGACUACACCAAGUCGGACCUCAUGAUUUACGCCAUCGACCCGCUGACAAAUAGAGCCGUAGCGAGACAAGAACUCUACAAGUUUCUUGAUGGUAAACUCUUGGAUAUCAACAAAGAGUUUCAGCCGUUUCUCCCUCCUGGUGGUCGAAUUCUGGAGAUCAGGACCCCCGAAGUGGUGACCAGCGUAAAGAAAGCUGUGCAGAGUGUAGGCUACACGGAGGGCGCGCUGUUGGCUCUGGCAGUUAUUAUUAUCAUCUGCUGCGUUCCCGCCAUACUGAUUGUCAUUAUCACUUAUAGACAAUUCAAAGAACGCCAGGCAGAAUGUGCCAAAACCGCCCGUAUCCAGAUGGCACUGCCAACAGGCAAACCUGGGGGAGUCACUGCCAACAACCUGUAUGAGGAGCUGGGUGACAACGCCAUGCGUGGAUAUGGCCAACAUGAGACACAGCAACUUCUCCGACCUUCUCUGCUCAGGCCAGAGGAGUUAUCAAUGGAGUCUGGCAUUGACCCCGGACAGGACUACUACACACAAGACUAUUACAACUAUGAUCACGGGUAUGACCUUCCUCAGUACGGCAGUCGCAAGAAGCUGAUCUCACCCUCCGGCCUCUAUGAUGAAUAUGGAGAGGUUGUUGUCGAUGACGACGGAAGCUACUACUACAGCCCACAGGAGUCUGACGGAGAGCAGGGCAGUAGAAAACGGCGGAUCAAGUUGGUGUUCGACCGUGAGUAUGAAACCAGCUCCACCGGUGAGGACAGCAUGCCGGAAACCCAACGCACCCGCCUAACCUCCACCCACAACAGCCACGUCAACGUUAACGGAAGCAUCUACGUGGCCCAGAACGGCUCCAUCAUCCGAACCCGACGUUCAGUAAACGCUACAGGCCCCACACACACCACCACCACCACCACCACCACGAACAACAACCUCAAAAUCACCUCUCCUAUCUUCAGCUCCCGGCUGGCCAAGCACUUUAAAAAGCUCGACAAAAUGGCUGCCACGCUGGAGGAGCGGGUUCCCCUGAACAGCCCCAGAACAGCAGCAGACGGCGGGUGCAAGACGCUUAGCACCUUCCAAAGCUCGGGAACGGCCGCCUCUGCCACGGCCAUGUCCACUUUCUCUAACACUGACAACACUAAAACUCUGAAUGUGUUUAACACUCGACAAUCCAGUGUUUCUUUAGGGUCGACCAGCACCAGCAACACGGGCCUUGAGAGCGUAGCUUCAAAAUCAAACCUGCUCAAAGCGGCGCGGGGAAUCACGGAGCAGCCUCAGAGCGCAGCGGAGAGGGACGAGUUGAAGGAAGGCGAAAGAGAGUCGAAGGUAGACGGCAGUGAUGACGACGGACUGGUUAUGAGAGAGCCGCUGGAGUGCCCGAGUGACAGAACACAGUCGGACGAGGAAGAAUUGUGGAUGGGCCCGUGGAACAGCCUUCACAUACCCAUGACCAAACUUUGACUGAUCCUGAUGCCACUGUGCUCAUUAAUUGUUGCCAAGAUCUUUAAAACAUCAUUUAUGUUCAUUAGUUGUGGAACUAAUGGGGAUGCUUCAAUCUAAGAAAUCUAAUUUACAGAUUCGGCUAAAGGUGAAUUAAUUUCGUUCCUUACAUAGCAGCUAAGGUAAUUUCAUUUAUUUAAAUUCAGAGACAGAUGAUGGAAAAAAAACUGUCAGAAAGAACACUUUUGCACUUAUUGAAAUAUCUGUUCUGUACCUUCUCAGUAUCCAAAACUGUGCGUCCGUUAAGCCCAGUGAUCUCAGAGCUGCAACACCUUCAACAAAACUGGACCUACAAUGAGAGAACUUGUUAUAUUUCUAUUUUGAUAAGAGAUAAUGAAGGAAAACUUGAAGAAUAAAAGCAUAUGAACUUUUUUUUCUGGCCCUUUAAGCGACUGGUGUCUGUAUGGAACUGAGCUUGUUUGAUCAGUAUUACGGCUACUGGUGCGACUCAUCUUGGAUUUGCCUGACACAUUUCAUUGACACAUGAAGUCUUGUAUUGUUCACACUUGCCUUUUUAUCCUUGUCAAGUUGCUUGGCAGACUUUAUCCAAAUAAAAUUUCAUCCAUUGAAAUGUA